AAAGGUGAUGCUGUCCGAAAAGAGAACAGCAUGGUUUCUGCGAAGAACAGUUCUGAUUCUCUUCCACAGACCGCAGGGACCAUGGUGGGCCCACUGGUGAAUUUGUGUAAUUACUGCAGUCAACAGGGUAACUUCAGGUGCACCCGUUGUAAAAAGACUUGCUACUGUUCUGUAGCCUGUCAGACAGAGGAUUGGAAAGCUCAUCGACAUGUUUGCAAACUUAGCAACCCAGUUGUCAGUGAGAACAAGGCAAAGGAAUCCACAGCUGUCUCAUGUGGAAAUGGAGUUGGGGUCCUUCAAGCAAAGGACAAAUGCAAUGACGUGCAGCCUAAGAGAUUGUAUCGGCGUGAUUUACGCAAGAACACAGUUUCCAAAGGAGCUGAGAUACAGGGUACAGUGAUUGAGCUGAGAAACCCUGGAAAGUUCUUCAUUCACCUUCAGUCAGUGGAGAUGACGGAGUCUUUGAAGAACAUCACCAGGGAUCUCCAGAAUGCCUAUGGUGCAUCAUUUCCUGGCCCGUACAAGCCUGAAAUUGAGGAGCUCUGUGCUGUUAAAUUUUCUCUUGAUCGGAACUGGUAUCGGGCUGAGGUUCAGUCAGUAGAUGUGGCCCGUCAAACUGCUAGUGUGUCUUACAUUGACUUUGGGAAUGAAGAGGACGUUACUCUUGACAACAUAAGGCCUCUCUCUGCCAGUAUCGAUGCUGCGCCACCUUUUGCUUUGCAGUGUUGUGUAGCCGGUGUUACACCUCUGACGGGAAGUUGGACAGGCGAAUGCACGAUUGCUGUAAGACAGUUGUUUUCCGGAAAGAGCCUCACUUUGACAGUGCUGGACAUCUUGAACAAUGGAAACCUGUUUGCUGUUGACAUUCCUCUAAGCACGCUCGGCAAAUACCUGAGCAGUUUCCUAAUAGAAAAGGGUUAUGCUGUAAAAGACGUCCCUGACAAACCACAGCAUGAACAAGACCUCAAUUCUUUGCUGACGGCCUCCUUUGAGAACUUCAAGCGUUUGUCUGGUGGAAAGGACGAGAACUCUGAAGCCAGGCCUCCUGAGCCAAUGACUCAGGGAGUGGGUGACACUUUCACAGCCAUCAUCACCCACAUCCAAUCCCCAUCGGAGAUCUUGUGUCAGAAGCUUGAAAAUGCCAGUGUAAUCCAACAGCUCCAGAUGAGUUUGAGGGAGCACUGCCUAAACACUCCAGCUAGUGAGAACUUCAGACCUGCACCAGGAACCGUCUGCUGCUCACUUUUUUCUGAAGACAACCAGUGGUACAGAGCUAAAGUUCUUGCAUAUUCUUCUGAGGACCGCAUAUGUAUUGGUUACAUAGACUUCGGCAACUCCGAAGAGGUUGAGUUGCAUCGUCUGCGACCCAUCAGCAUGGAGCUGUUAGCUUUGCCAACUCAAGCAAUCCCCUGUUGUCUAGCAGGUAUAAAACCCUCCACUGGCACCUGGUCGGAGGAAGCCAUUCUGAUGGUGAAACGUUUGGUCUGUAAUCGCUUCAUUCGGGUUGUGAUUCUGGGUAAAAAGGAUGGUAGGGCUCUGGUGUCCAUGAUCGAUGAGUCCAGCGACCCCCAGAAUAACGCCGCUGAGCUGUUGGUGUCCAUGGGAUAUGCUGUUGUAGAAAGCGUGCAGACAGAGAGCAAGGAACCAGCUGCACAGGAGCAGCCUAAAAUGCCCUGUAAGGAGCAACCUGAAAUGCCCUGUGAGGAGAUGCCUAAUAUGCCACCGCUCAGUGGCCCUGCUGAGAAGAUGGAAUGGACUUGUGCUGAACUUCCCUUUGAUGGGCAGAAGGUGGAGCUGGUGGUCACUACUUUAAAAAGCAUUGAUGAAUUCUACUGCUACAACUACAGUUCAGCAGAUGUACACAGCCUGACAGAGCUGACACGUGAGCUCAUGAAACAUUGCGAAUCACAGAGGGCUCCCUUCACCCCAACUGUAGAAGAACCAUGCUGUGCUCUCUUCUCCGGUGAUGGCCAAUGGUACCGGGCCAUGGUUCUGGAAGCGUGCGGGGAUGGCAAAUUCAAAGUUUAUUUUGUGGACUAUGGAAACUCCUGUGAGGUGGAGGCGGUUCACUUAAAGCCCAUCUCCCCUGACCUACUCAAACUCCCUUUCCAGGCUAUACGUUGUUGGCUUGCAGGUAUUGAACCAUUGGAGACUCAGUGGAGUAAAGAGGCACUGAACAGGUUUCAGAAUCUGUGUGCAAGUCAGCCGUUGAGUGGAAAGGUGAUGUCUAUCACGGAGAAGGGAUACGGGGUGGAGCUGGAGAGUAGUGGACAAAGCAUCACUACUCUACUCAUCUCUGAGCAACUGGCCAGGCCUUACGGACCGAAACAAUCUCCCCCAAAACCCGCCGCUCAGAUGGAGGCUCUGCCCACGCUUAAACCUAUUGAUCAGAAACCACCGGCUGAAGAGCCAUCUAAAGGCAAUAACAGCACUGCAAAUGCCAUGGCGGAGUCAACUACAUCAUGUCCCUAUUUCCAUUUGGACUGGAAGACUUUAGAGCUGCCCAUCAAUGAGACCUUUCAGCCUCGGGUGGCAGCAGUGGUCAGCCCUAGUCUCUUCUACAUAAUGAACCCAGGAAAAGUAAAUGUGGAUGGUCUGAAGACUCUUAUGAUGGAUGUUGCCAAGUAUUGCAGUAAAUAUACAGACCCCAGUCAGUGCCACCCCUUACCAGGAGCCGCCUGCUGUGCACAGUUCUCAGGUGACAAAAAUUGGUACAGAGCUGUCGUGUUGGAGGUGACAAGCAAGCAUGCGCACGUAAUCUACGCAGAUUAUGGAAACCUGGAGACUGUCCCCGUAUCCAGCAUCCUUCCCAUCACCAAAGAACUUCUCGAGCUUCCAUUCCAGAUCGUUAGGUGUGCUCUGACAGGUAAAGAGAGGUUCCCUACUGUCUGGCCAGCUGAUGUUUUGGAACUCUUUGGGAUGCAGUUGAGCGGAGGAGUUCUGGGAUCCGUUCAGCACUUUGAUGGGACCUCCAACUUGCUAACUCUGACUCAGCAGUCAGGAGAAGAUGACAGAGACAUUAACUCCAUUAUCCUUGAAGCCCUGCAAGGACAGGGCAAGGCUAACUCCUCUAAGCCGCCUGUUGAGGAGAAACAAAAAACAAAUCAGAUGCAGACAAAGGCCGUUGACUCGAAUAAGACGACAGAUGAAACUAAAAAUGCAAAUGUUAACAAGCGUGACCUUGAAGAUCAGAAACCCAGUCUGAUGCAAAGUGCCAGCUUCCAAAAGCCUGAGGAACCGGAAAACACAGCCAAGGCAAUGACUACGGUGGAAUGCACUAAGCCAGACAAUGUUACAAGCUCAAAGGACAGCACCGCUCCGCCUUCAUGCUGCUGUCUUGAGUUAAAGCGAAAGAUUGACCGUGUUGAAGAACUGAUCCUUCUCCUUAUAAAAAAUGUUGGAGUAACAAAAAAGUGAAGAUUUUCACUUCCAGAAUUUCAAGUUUAAAAUUUGUUAUUGUCUCCAGCAUAUCUUUUUAUUUGUAGUGUUUUAUAAAGUUUUAUAUAGUAGUGUUAUGAUUAACCUUUAGUAAUGCAGCAUUACAUUGUUUCUCAGUUUCCUGUUCCACUUGGUCAGUUUUUGGUUUACCUGAGGUCAGUUUGGUUCAGCAUCUUCAUGUAAAUUGGCCUCUUGACAAUAUCAUGCCAAUUUGAUUUAAAAAACAACUUGAGUUUCUUUAGCAUUUGUUUGUCUUUGUUAGAGUAUCCUCAAUUUUGCUCUUGCAUACAUUUAAGCAAUACAUCUAAAAAGAAAAGUGAUCUUUCCUUGUUUAUUUAACAUUAAAAGAUGUUUUUACAGGAGUCAUUUAAGCACAAUAUAAUGUUCUCAAACUGAUGUCAAAAAAACUUGACAAAUUAUUUAAACUUGUAAACGAUGCACUAAUUUACUUUACUAGAGUAUGUUUAAGUUACAUGUAUACUUGGGUUUAAGUUAAUGUGUCACUGAUUGUGUUACAUGUCUUAACAAAUAA